CGGAGGCGGAGCUUCUUUCGACGCGGAGUCUCCGUGGGAGAAGUUGUUCGUCGGAGCUGCUGUGAACACUCGUCUUUCAGCACAGAAAACAAAAACAAAAAAAACCAAGCGGGGCCCGAGCCACAUGUCGCCUUAGAGGAAAAGGUCUGCCGACUAUGCCGAGCAGCGGCUCCGCGACGCGCCUCUCCGACUAUUGCAGAUUUCCAGCGGUCGUCGAGUGGAGGACGGAGGGGUAAAGAAGAAGCGCGAUGGGGAACAUGAUACUGACGACGGCGCUGCUGCUGCUCUACCUGCCGACAGAGCUGCUGUCCAUCCAGGUGAUUGUUCCAGAGGCGGAGAGGAGUACGACUCUGUUUGCUUCGGUGAUUCUGCGCUGCGACUAUUCGACCUCAGCAAACUCUCAGGAUGUCCUGGUCACCUGGAGAUACAAGUCCUUCUGUAAAGACCCGGUGCUGGAGUACUACUCCACAGGUUAUCAGGCUGCUCUUCAGCUGGGUCAGGACCCUGCGAACGACUGCCCGGACCGCCAGCGCACCAUCCGCACAGUGAUCCAGAAGAGAGGCCUGAAUGAGCCCAUCCUGGGUGCAGACUACAGAGAACGCAAAAUUAGCAUUCAAAACAAGGCUGACUUGGUCAUCAAUGAGGUGAUGUGGUGGGAUAACGGUGUGUAUUACUGCAGCAUCGAUGCUGCUGGUGACACGACGGGGGACUCGGAUCGCGAAGUCAAACUCAUCGUGUACCACUGGCUGACAGUCCUACUCAUCAUCAUCGGGGCCCUCCUGCUCAUCAUGCUUCUAUGCAUAUGCUGCUGUCAGUGCUGUCCGCAGAAUUGCUGCUGCUACGUCCGCUGCCCGUGUUGUCCACAGACAUGCUGCUGCCCGGAAAAAGCCGUGAUGCAGCACAGGAUGAUGCGAGAUGCUCAGAAGGCCAUGGCUCCUUGGAUGAAUGGCCAACCGAUUUACGCUCCUAUUAGCUCCAAUGCCUCCGCCCAGGGCGUCCCCAUAAUGUAUUCAGGCUCCUUCUCAGACUAUCCUGCUAAACAAAACUUUGCCAUGGCCCCCAUGCAGCAGCUGUCCCCCAUGGCCCUGGAGCACCAGCCCCCCCCUCUGCCACCACACCAUGUGAAUGGCGGUAUGCAUGGCAGCGUUCAAGGUGGCCACCAGAUGUUGGACUACCUGGAGAACCAGAUGAGGGGGCUGGAUGUAGGGCCACCGCAAAUGGGUCCGCGCACAGUCCAGAAUAUGCAUCCACUGCAGGCUCGUCAUCAGCUACAGCAUCAGUCUGCUCCUCCGACAGUUCCAUACACACCUGGGCCCCCGAGUAUGUUGUCAGCCCUGGAUGAGAUGGGGGUGAGAGGUGUGGAGAGAAGGGUGAUCACCCUGCCUCCUAUAAUCCAACGUGUACCUAGCUUUUCCUCUCGGAGGGGGACUGGAGGUGGAGAUGGAGUCCGGGGGGCCCCCAGAAUUUCAAGUCAGUCCAGUGGGAGUUCAAAUCCUUCUGGAGGAGGUGCCUACCGCGACAGACGCGUGUAUAGAGACAGAGAUGUCUCUCCGCCCAGACGAGGUAUCUUGCGUGAUUACAGCGAUGACUCCGAUUGGGAUAACUGGCUAGGAAAAGCGCCACACAGGGGUUCGAAGAAUGGCAGAGGAGGCUGGUCUGGGAGGAGAGGAGGCGGGUCAAGACCGCGAACCCAAAGUCGUGAUGAUCUGAUGGAUGAGCUGCACAGCAGAGCAGCUCGGAGGGAGAGGAGCUAUUCACCCCCUCAGCUCCGCAAAGGGUCCUUCUCUGACGAGGAUGACAGCAGGAGAAGGAAAGGAGGAAAGGCGAAGGAUUGGCCAGAGAAGCCUCCCAGCUACUCCUCCAUUGAGAUGGGGCCUGGACAAAGCAGUGGCCGGAGGAACUAUGACCGCCUUUCUGAUAGAAGCUCCCGUAGCGGCACAAGCGUAGUCAUCUAAAGCCUUUCCAUCUUCUUUUUGACCUUUUCCAUGAAUGUUUCCAAGACCGGUGAAAAAUGAAGACAAAAAGAAGGUUCCUUGAUCAGUUCAAUGAGUGCAAGGACAUGGUAUGUUGAGUUGUGAAAAUGUAUUCGUAAUGGAUAAACUGUGUCUGUUUGUACUAUAUGUGGUAAAAAUAUCAUUCUUACAGAUGAAGGAAAAAAAUGUUCCGUUCAGGCGAUAAAUUGCAGACAACAUGCAGUUAUGUGAAGCCUGGUCUCCUUUUAUUGAGAUGAUUAUGAUGUGUGCGAUUCUUGUCUUAGUUGUAUUAAUAGUAUUUGUGUGUUUACUUCUGGUGGUGGAUAAAAGUAUCCUGCUGUCCUUUGUGAAGUAAACAUUUAAAAGUUGCAACAAUCUGAUUGUUGGAUGCUGUGAGAUUCUGUUGGUUGUUUUGUUUUUCUUGGAAGACAUUAUGUGUUUUUUAUAUAAUUUCUUAUUUUUGCAUAAUUUCUUGUAUUAUUUAAAGUGACUUUUUAAAAUCUUUAUCCACCGUAACAUUCUUAGGCUGUAACAUGAAUAGAUAGGACAGCAUGUGAACAUUUGCAGGAUGAUAGACAGCUGUACUUUAUUGGAUGAAAACCAAAAAUACAAUUGUGAUUUUCCUUUUGCUUUUGUUACAAACUUGCAUUGAGAUGCAUGAAAUGUGUGUUUUUAAUAAACCUUUUAAGAUACA